UUUUGAUAAAACAGUUCAUGUAGAUAACUUUUAUAUUGAGAUGAAUGAAAUUAUUCAUGAAAAUUUUGAAAAAUAUACAAAUGUCGAUGAUAUUUUUAAUGCAACAUGUGACUAUUUAAAUGAAUUGGUUUCGAUGGUUAAACCAAAGAAAUUAAUUUUUAUUGCAGUCGAUGGAGUCGCUCCAAGAGCCAAGAUGAAUGAACAACGUAGCAGGCGAUUAUUUGCAAUAAGCAGUGGUUUUGACCCAAACUAUAUAACACCAGGAACAAAGUUUAUGGUAGAUUUUUCUAACCAUCUUAAAGAAUUCAUUCAUAACAAAAUUCAAAAUGAUGAGAUUUGGAAAAUUGCAAAAUUUGUAUACUCUGGACCUGAUGUGCCAGGUGAAGGAGAGCAAAAGAUAAUAAAAUAUAUUCGUAAUUCUGAAUCAAAAUCAGAUUGCAUCUAUGGAAGAGAUUCAGAUUUAAUUUUAAUGGGGCUUCUACAUUAUAAAUCGAAUCUUAGAAUACUUAGCAGUAAUAAGAUUUUUUUACAUAGCAUCAAUAAAAAUUCAAGAAUAUAUGAAAUAAGAUUAUUAGGAACUUUACGUAGAAAAAUAAAGGAGGAAUUUUUUGAACUUUGGGAGUCUAAGCCACUACCUUUUGAAUUUAAUAUUGAGAGCAUUAUAAAGGAUUUUAUUUUAUUAGUACUUUUUAUGGGUAGUGAUUUUAUGCCAAUGUUGCCGAAUAUUAAUAAUAAAAAACUUGAUAUUAUUUCAACUUAUAAAGAGAUGUUAAAAGAAUGUGGAGGUUAUAUUUUUAAUGAUGAUAGAAGCUUGAAUAAAAGAAGACUUGAAAAUGAUGAACUUCUUAAAUGGAAAAAAAAGUAUUAUCUAGACCAAGAUCAAAAAAUUUUAAUUACAUCAUACAUUGAAGGAUUGCAAUGGGUACAUUCUUAUUAUGAAGGUUCACUAAAAUCUUAUAGGUGGUUUUAUCCUGGACAUCAUUCACCACUUAUAUCGGAUUUGGAAGACUUGGAAAUUAUUGAAAUAAAAAGUUUUAAAGAUGAAGAUUAUUACAAACCAUUCGAACAAUUAAUGUUUGUUUUGCCUAUUAGAAGUAAAAAGCUUUUACCAGUAGCAUACCAGAACCUUAUGAAUGAUCCUAGAAUUGAGGUCUUUUAUUCUACUGAUAAGAAUGAUAAUCUUCCAUUCAUUGAUGAAAAGAUUCUAUUAUCUGUAUUAAAAUCUGCAGAAAACAACUUGACAAAUGAAGAAAAACAGAGAAAUGAGUUUGGGAAUGUACUUCUCUUUGAAUAUGAUGAAUUGAACAAAAAA